AAACUUUCACUUGUAGUCGGAAUAGUAUUCUACGGUCGUUAGCAGAGAUGGAACAGCGUUUAAAACUUUUCCUAAUAUUAAACUUUAUAUUUCACUGUGGCUUCAGCUACCGUCAAGAACCUUACCGUGACUAUCCACAUAAUCUACGUCAAUUUAUAACGGUACCAUAUAACUGUCCUCCGGGUCUACAAAUGGGAGCGGACGGAGUAUGCAGAGAAGUUUGGAGAAAUUGGCGGCCGGUAACACCAUCAUCACGGUCACGAUUAAACGAUGGCGGAUAUAAUAAUCUACGUCAAUUUAUAACGGUACCAUAUAACUGUCCUCCGGGUCAACAAAUGGGAGCGGACGGAGUAUGCAGAGAAGUUUGGCGGUAACACCAUCAUCACAGUCACGAUUCGAACAGUUACUAGAUCGAUCUGGAAAUAAACGCCCAUAUACGAGUUGACAGAUCUAAUACAAAUAUAUAUAUAUAUCGAAUAUUAUUAAAAAUAAAUAUGCA